CCUGAGACGUGACGUCACCGAAUGUUACCGGCCACUGAGGAAGCUAAGCUAGCUGCGUCUUUUAUUUACAUCAAGUGCUCGUCUAACACAACGAAGAGGUGACUGUUGUGAGGCAAACGAUGGGAAACAGAGACGAUGAAUAUGAUUUCUUGUUUAAAGUUGUGCUUAUAGGAGACUCUGGGGUGGGGAAGAGUAACCUCCUGUCCCGUUUUACGAGAAAUGAGUUCAACCUGGAGAGCAAGAGCACCAUUGGGGUGGAGUUUGCCACCCGCAGUUUGCAGGUGGAUAGCAAGACCAUCAAGGCUCAGAUUUGGGACACAGCCGGACAGGAGCGCUACAGAGCCAUCACCUCAGCGUAUUACCGCGGUGCAGUCGGGGCUCUGUUGGUGUACGACAUUGCCAAACACCUGACGUACGAGAAUGUGGAGCGCUGGUUGAAGGAGCUGAGGGAUCACGCUGACAACAACAUUGUAAUAAUGCUGGUCGGCAACAAAAGCGACCUACGACACUUGAGAGCCGUGCCCACUGAUGAGGCUCGAGCUUUUGCAGAGAAGAACACACUGUCAUUCAUUGAGACGUCAGCGUUGGACUCGACAAAUGUAGAAGAGGCCUUCAAGAGUAUUUUAACAGAAAUCUAUCGCAUCGUGUCACAGAAGCAGAUAGCCGACAGGUGCACGCAGGACUCUCCCAGCAACAACGUCGUGGACAUCAACGUCCCACCAACCACUGACGGCCACAAGAGCAACAAAAUGCAGUGCUGCCUCAGUGUGUGACCUUCCCUCCUCUCCUCCUCUAUCCCGACCUCACCUCAGUUAAGCACUUUCUCCUUCUCUGCUCACUCUCUCACACUCCUGCCAUCAAACACGUGUACAGCAACUUUUUGUGUUGGAGAAUGUGAAAGGCGUUGACUUAAGAUAGUCAAGGAGCAUUUCAAUGCUGACCACUAGAUGGUGCUGGCAAAGAAUCUAACGGAGUCGCUUCCCAGUGAUUAGUAUUAUGUUGAAAUCAGUGUGUAUUUAUUGAAGAACUGUUGAUGAGAGUUGUCAUCGUUGUUGUCGAUAUAAAGACUGAUUAUGUUUACAAUAAAAUGCUCUACAAAGCCAUCACAGCCUGUGCAAUGUGCAGAUGUUAUUCAAAUAGAAGAGCUUAAACAAUCACCAGUAAAGGUGGGAUUUUUCUUUAUUGCAGUACACUGUAGAACCUAACCACUGACUUUUACUCUGAAGUGCGUUUGCUUGAGUAGAUUUUGUAUUAUUAUUUUUUACCUGUACUUACUUACUUUUACUUGCAAUGAAGUACCGUAAUAGUUCAACAAAGCAAAAGCAACUUUACUUGCACUUGAGUAAACUAUUCCAGUACUCUCUGGUAUCUCUGCUAGCUUGGUUAGCUAUAUUUUUAUGGCCAUACAUGUAUGUCACACAUUAUAUGAACACACGCAUCAUUGCUGAGCUCACACAAGUGUACUUAAGAAGAUACAAGGUGAUGGCCUACCUGCUUGACACACCAUCGUUAACGCCAUGCCUCCCUUGUUUAUCGCGGUCAAUUAGCUCCAGACCCGAUCGCGAUAACUGAAUUUCCAAAGUAGUGAGAGCAUAGAAAACCUCUUUAUGACUUUCUAAAUACAAUCGUUAGCAAUAUUAGAGCCCUGUACACAUGACAUAUCACUCCUGUAGUCACCUUUACACUCCUAUUAGUCUUUGUUCACACCACACUGGUCAUGCACAGGCUACCAGAUCACAUGGUCACAUGGCUUUAACCAUUAGCAAGAUAGCGAGCUAACUACACGUAGUUAGCCUCCAAUAUAUUGACUGUGUUCUAAACUUAAAGUGUUUAAAAUGGAGAGGGGAAGAAGGACAAACAAGCCAAAAACGUCUCCUCCCAUUCUUUCUACUCUUAUCAUGUCAGACAUGCCAUGGCUGACUCCAUGCAGUGAUAGUAAUAGAAUGUCAUGUCUCAAUAAUGAAACAUUGCUGCCGCCUAGUGGCCAGAAUAUGCCAUAGUCAACCACAGCACAGCGAUCAUGUAUUCAUUUUAGAUAAAACGCGAUAGAGUGAGGGAGCGAUAGCCGAACUGCGAUAUUGUUAGGGACGACGGUGCAUCGCCUGGCAAGGGGUGUACAAAGUGCGGCUGAGGGGCUAUUUGUGGCCCACGGCACAUUGUAGAAAUAAUAUUAAACCAAAAAAAACAUCAAAAAUGGGAAAAAUCAAGCAAGAAGGUAAACUGUAAAGAGAAGCUGAAAUGCUGAUACUAAUAACUAAUAAAACAAAGCUCUGUCUGUGUACACUUCUGACCAGUUAAGACCAGUUGAAAAAUUGCUAGAAUUAGCAUUUUGCACAUUUGGAUCUUAAUGAGGUUUUAAGUAGAGCUACAACAUGCAAAAGAAAGAAGGGGGAGUGAGACAAAAAGCACUUUGAAAAAGUAAUUUAUUGAAAACAACAAUUAAAGGAAAAGGCUGUUUAUCAGCUGAUCAAAAGUUUAAGACGAUCCCUCAAAAAAGAACAAAAAACUCUCCAAACCAGAACAAAAAAUGUUCUCAGUAGCACUCAGUAAUGAGUAGCUCCACCGUUCUUGUUAAUCACUUCAAACAUUGGUUUGGGCAUGCUUGAUGCGAAAACAGUUCUAAAAUGGUGAUAACACCGAAGGAGGGCAACAUAGAUGACACUUGAUUCCAUCCUUUUGGGGAUUAAAGCCUCUUGAUGUGACAAACAGUAAACACACGGAUAAACAAACCACUCAUAAGCUUGUGAGGCAGAUGAGCGCCCGUCCAUCCCCCAACUCGGCCCCUUUCAAUGCUGAGGAGUUCAAAACAAAAACACACAACCAUUAAAGGGUAUUUUGUGGGGCGCCAAGCGCUUUAGUAGAAACUGACAAACAAUAUCACAUGUUCUUUUCUGGCAGUUGACGCAGGCUUGUUUUUAUUUCAGCAUUUGUUGUAACAACUCUUAUGACAAAUAUAACGACAACAAAAGAGUGUUUAAUUUAAGAGCUGGUAUCUAGCCAGCUCCAUAUUUCUUUGAUUAUAACCAAAAUCACUUACGGCAGCAAUGGAAAUAUAUUGUUUUUGGAGGAGCUAAAGGCUUCCCUCACGGUCACGGCUCCUUUGCUCUUGCCACUUCAUGGACGCUGGAUUCUCCAAUAUUCAUCUAAUUACAAUAUAUCCAGUUCCUCUUUACGGUUUGAUGAUAAGCAUUAGCUUGUAAUCGGUUGAGGGGACGCCGUAUGAUGGCAUAGUGGUUAGCUUGUUGGCCAGAGAUUCGAACCAGUCAGGAGAUCGUGAAGAUCUGGUUCCAAUCUCUGUUUGGGCAUCUCUGUGUGGAGUUUGCAUGUUCUCGCCAUGCGUGUGUGGGUUUUCUCCAGGUACUCCUGUCUGUUUCCACCCACAUUCCAAAAAAACAUGCAUUUUAGGUUAAUUGGAGACUCUAAAUUGUCCGUAGGUAUGAAUGUGAUUGUGAAUGGUUGUCUAUAUGUGCCCUGCGAUUGGCUGGGUGUAUCCCGCCUCUCGCCAGUCAGCUGGGGUAGGCUCCAGUAGGGCUGGCCGAUAUGGACUAAAACUCAUAUCCCGAUAUACUUAGGCUCAGUAUACCAUCUACUGUAUAUCUCGAUAUUUCUUAAGCAAAGUGAGUUUAGAGAAAAUCAAGCCAAAUAUGCGUGUCAAGUUGUUUUAUUAAAAUAAAUACUUAAAAUGAGGAUGGUUUUUUUGAAAUUUUAAAUGGGCAAACAUUUUUUUUUAAUCUAAAAAUACCCCUUAAAAUAAAGUAGGCCAUCCUCUUUUUGAAAUAAAUAUAGAGUCAAAUAUAAUCUUUUUUAUAACAAACCUUCAGCUAUACUCAAAUCCUCAGCUAAAAACAAAAGAACAAAAUAUGGAGUGCCCGGUUUAAGAGGACAUUUUUAAAUGUCAGCAACUCAGAAAUAUUUUAAAUUGAAGAGUAAAAUUUUUUUUUUAGGUAAACAUUUUGAGAAGACACUAGCAUGUCCUAGUCUUAGCAACUGUCUGUCUACUUCCUUGUACAUUCGUGGUAGAGCUUGUCAUGCUAAAUUGUGACUGUGAUGUUCGCUGGACAUCUCAAGUCCAUCGUUUUUCAGCAGGUUUUUAAAACCGUUUUUUUCCAUACCUGUAUCUUAGCAAUGUGACAGGACACCUCUUAAUAAUAGCACAACACUUUGCUUUUCCUUUCAUGAGGAACGCAACAGUGGCAUGGGGGUAGGUGUUUUGGGGCUGGAAAUCUUGACCCGUGACCAAUCACAACACAGUAGGCAUGGUCGGAGUUGGGGUGGUGGCUGCGGAAUCCGAGCAUGUUGGCCAGGAGAAGAAUACAGAUUUAACCUGUACCCAGCUUUAGGGAUUUUAUUAAGGGCAACUUACUGUAGGAUCCACUGGGAUCCAAUAUCAUUUUGAAAGCCCCUGAAAUGAGCAGGAUGGGGCCCCAUUAAAGGACAUUUUUGUCCAUGUCAGUUUUAGUUUUUUACAUUUCUCUUGAGGCACAAAUUGAAAGCAAUAUCUGCUAUCACUCUUGUCAGUUUCCAAUUAUUUCUGUGAUUCUUGUGGUUUUUCCAUCUUUGUUGCAUGUAUUCAUCUACAGAAAUGGAGGAAAUGGGUAGACCGCCCUCGUUUCUUCACUUUAUGGAUCCAUGUGAAUGCCUGGUACAACUAAAGGUACAUUUAACAACAAAUAUAGCAUGGUUUUCUUGAUAACCAAAAUCACUUGAGUUCUUACACGAUAGCUAUAGUAAAAAAAUGCCAAAAAAUGUAACUCUUACCAGCUAUUUUGUUGUCAUUGUUAUAUUUGUCCAAACAAGUAUCAGGCAUUAAAACGAACAAGAAACUGAUGAAACAAGUGUGGUCUAAUCAUUUUUCCCAUGACUGUAUGUAUGGUGAGCCUCUUUUUGAGGACAUGAAGUUUAGUAUGCCAUUUCUUAGGACAGUAGCUCAUAAAAAUUUUUUUAAAAAUUGUCAAAUGAUCAAUAUUGUAAAGUCUUAACUGACCCCCUGAAAUAAAAAAACUUUUGCAUAAUAGUUCUGUUUUACACUUUGUGGUUAUGAGUGCACUCCCGUAAAGUAACACAGCAUGAAAAGAAAAAGCACUCGUCAAAGACAAAGUAUUGACCAUGUGACAAAUGAUAGGAAAUGGACAGUGACAACUAAGUAGUGGAUAAUAAAAGCAAGGAGUUGGCCUCUCUUUUUAUAACAGUGUGGCUCGACCAUUUUGGCAAUGCAAGCCUGUGCUUGUUUUCCAAAUUGGUAAAAAAAAAAAAAAAAGACAAGACAAGACAAGAAAAAAACGGCCACACAAAAGUAAUUUCAGUUCAUUUUUUUUUUUUAUUUUGGCCCCAAAAGAGAAGAGUGCCGUACAUUGCUCCCGUGUGUCCUUGCGUCAAGGGGCAACAGAAGCAAAAUCACACACACACGUGACAUAAAAGUGACAUUGUUGAUGUCUGCAUUUUCACCCAAAAGACAUGAAGCUGGUGUGAAAGAUGUUAUCAGGAUGACCAUUCAAUCACCAAAUAGUGCUUCUGAUCUUUCCCUCUAACCUCAUGAGCGCCACUCGAGUCACACAAUACCCACUAACGAAAACGGCUGUAACAUAGACGGUAUAGUAAAUAUGAGGAAUAAUAAGAUGGGCUGCAUUGCUAAUGCAACUAAAGGCUGCCAUUGCUGUGCAAGCCAGCCCAUAAUAGUAAGUCAUAAAAAAACCCACAAAAUUGGCCCUACUUCAAGUACAUUUGAGGCUCCUGCUGUAGUAUCAAUCAAUGCCUCCCAGGUACGUAUCUUACUAGAAAUGGACGACUAACAUUACAAGUGCUAACAUUACAAGUGUUGCGUUGUUAACACAUUUCAGGCCAUCGUCAGGGACCAAUUAUUAUACCCCAACCACCAAAGUUUAACACAACUUGAUGUAGGUUGACUUCCAGGUUGUUCUAAUUUCAAAACAAAGGCUCCCAUAGGAAAUACUGUAAAGUGAAUGAAGUGUAAUAAAUAGCACAAAAAGUAAAACUACGAAUACUGAUUCAUUUUUUAGAUUGUACUGAGCAGCCAGACCCCUUCCUAUGUUGCUGUAAGUUCCUUUUCCUGUUCUAUGGUUACUACCACACUUUCCCGCUUUGUCACUGGUACCAUUCUGUGGUGCUCAAUGAUAGUUUGAACUCCUAGUUUGACUUUUGAGGCAUAUUUUUACAGAAGAUGUUGAACUACAGAUAUGACCACUUUUAGGGCAUUUGACUUUAGAGGUUCCACGGUGCUUUUAGUGAAGGAAAAAAGAUAAUUAACCGUCUCCCUGUGGCGCAAAUGAAAUUAAGUUCUCCAAAAUGGAACUUGUUGUAUUACCAAAAAACCCAGAAUUAGUCCCUUUUGGAAUGUGUGCAUUUUUUGUCUUUCUUUAAAAAGGAACUUGUUCUGAUUCUGGGUCAGUUAGUGCAAACAUGGCAGUGGGCAGCACAGUGACAAGUCUGAUGUAGUCAUGGAAGCAGCCCUUCAGUGUCGCCAUCGCUACGUGAAAUAUUCUCCUCAAAGGCACACUGCUGCUUUUCAGGGAGUACUUCAGUAAGAAUGGCAAACACAUUCUUCCAUGCUCUUACAAAAAGCUUCCAACAUUGCAUAAAAAAAGUGCUUGCAUUGCAUCACGUACUGCAUGGAGGUCCGUAGUGUACUCAUGCCAUCUUCUUUCCCAUCCGUGACGACAAUGCUUGGGACUCCGUGGAAAAGUUCACUUGAGUUGUUCUCAUACUAAACUUUCCUCAGCAGCCACCUUCAAGGGCUCGGUGGAGAGUAAGGAAUGCUGGCAAGAGGACACCUGAGCAUCAGGAAUGAUCAGACACACUUUCUGGUCUUUUUUCCUCCACUCGGAGUACAGUUGGCAGUGGUAGCGCAAAGACACCUGCACACACACAGAGAAGAAAGUGGUGAUUGAUGGUAAACAUUUCAUGCAAAAGUUGUCCAGAGAACAAUUUUUGGUGCAUCUCUCCAGGUCACUGGUGUGUGCGUGUGCGUGAUAAGGCGCCACGUGCUGGUUUUGCCAUGUGUAAAUCACGUCAAUAUGGUACAUCAUUUGAAAUACAGUCAUCCCUCUUUCAUCGUGGUUAAUUGGUUCCAGACCCAGCCGCAAUAAGUGAAUUUCCGUGAAGUAGGAUUCAAUAUUAACAAUGGAAUAUUUUUGUAGUUGCAUAGAAAACCAGUUAGACUUUCUAAAUAUGGUUUUUAGCUUUAUUAUUGCCCUGUAGACAUGAAAUAACACCCCUAUAGUCACCUUUACGCUGCUAUUCUUUACACCACACUGCGCAACACUAACGAGCAGGCUACGGGAUCACUGCAGGGACAAAAGAAACAGCCUCCGCUUUAAACAUAGCAUGCUACCAAGCUAAAUAGUUAGCCUCCAAUUUAUUUGUUCCAAACAUAAAGGGUUUCAAACAUAUUGAGAAGGUCGAAGAAGCCACAAACACAAAUGUACCACUUCCACACGGAAUGGGAGGAGAACUUUAUUUGACCAUCAUGUCAGACAUGCCAUGACUGAAUCCAUGCACUGUUAAGGUAAUGUAAUGUAAGUUAAUGUGUCAUCAAGGUAACACGACUGAUGCCUAGUUACCACAAUACCACAUACUGUAUGACUUGUCUUUCGAUAUUUCUGACUAAUAAUAAUCCAUAGUCAACCGUGAAACAGUGAUCAUUGAAUUCAUUUUGUAAAAACGCAAUAGUGCGAGGAAGCGAUGUUCGAACCGUGAUGUAGUGAGAGACGACUAUAAAUGUUAAAUAAAACAAAUAAGCAAAGUCCGGGUGUAUUUUUUUAAAAACCUUUGCUAUAUUUAUUCAUAGCCGAGUACCCUUGGAAAAACCUGGAAAAUCUAGCUUGCUUGAGAUGAGACGACAUUACCAGGGUCCAGAGGAUGUAGAUGGUGAAGAGGACAGUGGUGAGCGCUAUGAGGCCCACGGCCUGCAGCAAACUGCCCAAUUUCAGAUGGUCCUGCGCUCCCUGCAGGCAC